AUGAUAGCUCUGUUUCAAACAGAGGAGGAAGGUUGGAAAAACUUGGUGGUUCUGAGGAGUAAAAUUCCCACUGAUUGGGGAAAAGGUAUGAUCAAUCCCAUACCAAAGUCAGGUAUAACGGAUCCUAGAAAUCCAAUGGCUUACCGAGGUAUAACAUUGGCGCCAGCAAUGUACAAAUUGUACUGCUCUGUGUUAAACAAUAGACUGUCUGAAUGGUUAGAAAGUAAUAAUUUGUUAUGUGAUGAGCAAAAUGGCUUCAGAAGGGAGAGAGGGACUAUUGAUCAUUUGUCUAGUUUGACCUCUGUUAUUGAGUCAAGAUUGAAAAAGAAACAUGCUACAUUCGUAGCCUAUAUAGACUUCAAAAAGGCAUACGACACCAUUGACCGAUCUCUUUUAUGGAGUCGCUUGGCUCAUAUGGGUGUUAAUAACAAAAUGUUGAGAGCAAUAAUAUCCAUUUAUGAUAAUGUGAAGUCUUGCAUAAAGUUGAAUGGAUACAUGUCCGACUGGUUUGACGUUAAAAUCGGAUUACGUCAGGGAUAUGAGUUUAGUUUACAGUCUAUGUUAAAUACUUUGUGUGACUGGUGUGAUGUAAACCACAUGACUGUUAAUAUGACAAAGAGUAAUGUAAUGCAUUUUAGAACAACUUCUAUGCCUCAGUCACAGUUUGUGUUUAAAUGUAAAGAUGAUGUACUUAAGUAUACGGAUAAAUAUACAUAUCUCGGGAUUACUUUGAACGAGUUUCUAGACUAUAGUGUAACUGCAAAGUUUGUCUCACAGGCAGCUGGCAGAGCAUUAGGACUGCUAAUUGCAAAGUUUAAAAGUAUAGGUGGUAUGCCUUACAAUGUCUAUACCAAGUUGUACGAUUCUCUUGUCUGGCCGGUAAUUGCGUAUGGAGCCUCAAUUUGGGGCACUAAAAGAUUCACAUGUAUUGAUGCAAUACAAAAUCGAACAAUGCGCUUUUUCUUAGGGACAGGCAGGUACACUCCAAAUGCCGCAGUUGCUGGUGAAAUGGGCUGGAUUGUACGUUUUCUAAACAGUUAA